CAGUUUUUCGCUGUUGCUCGUGCCCGUCAUAUCGCUGCAGCCAAAUUUUGUCGUCAAAUUGUGUCUCGAGCGCCAACACCCCUUACUCUUCCCAAUUAACGAUGACUCAUUUCAGGCAGAUUCUCGCGGGUGUUUUAGUGUUGUGCAUCGUACAAAAUGCUGCUUCCCUUUCCUGCUACUCCUGUGACCACACGGAAAGUGAAAGUAUGUGUGAGGAGAAUCUGGUCGAGUGUGAUGCCAGCAUGGCCUCCCUCGGCAUGGUAAGAGUGGCCGCCUUCAAGCCGACGAUUCAGAUCAUCCAGUCGCCGGCAAUGCGCUGCUUCGAGCUGGUGGUCCAAGAUAAUGACAAUACGCUGAGGGCACGCGGUUGCUCCUACGAUACGGUUGACGUUUGUCCGGGCGAGGUACGCAUCGGUGUGCAGACGGGCUGCCGAUGGUGCAACGAGCAUGACGGAUGCAAUUCGGCCGGUAGCUUUAAGGCCAGCGUGCUCGUGAUUGCCAGCCUGUUGGUGGUCGGAGCGCUGCAAAAGGUUUUCCAAUAAACAGAGUGCCUAAGCUAGUAGUUUCUUUAACGGAAACGUUUUAUA